GUAUGGAACAGACAGGCAGUCAGCUACAGAACACAUUUCGAUGAGAUCACAAACUGAUAGAACAGCGCGGAUUACACUGCACACAAUUAUUAAACCAUGUUUAUCAAAUCCUGGUUGGCACCGCCAUCUCUGCUUCAAUCAUCAACAUCUUCUACAACAUUACCAAUGAUAUUACCGACAGCACCAACAUCACCAUCAUUCUCUCCACAUACAAAGCCGUUGUCUGUUCCACACCAUUUGAAUGUCAAGCACCUGAAUCAGAUUUCGAAACGGUCAAACGUUCCUAUCCCUUCCGACUGUUCAUAUCGCCAAAAUAAUAAUAAUAAUAAUAAUAAUAAUAAGUUCAACCGAGCUAAUAUCGCUUCCUUUCACGACUGGAGCGAGAAAUCUUUAGAGAAUGCUCCGGUUUCUAAAAUUUACCAAGAAAUGGCCACUUUGUCUUCAAUAUGUUCAUUGAGUGAAUCUAAUCGAAAUGAAUUAUCAAGGGAAAACAAUGGCAGACGACAGGUCGUCUGCCAUAAACUCUUCUUGCCGGAAGGAACAGAUUUGACAAAAGGAGAGAAAAAUAUAAUAGCUGGUCUCUGCCGAAACCGGUUGUGUACUCUCACAUAUUGAUAUCUCAAAGAAAGAGUCGAAUUCUUCGUCUGAAAACUGUAAAAGAGUUAAUAUGAAAGGUAAAAAAAUAGUUAGUUAUUUCCCUUCUAUUCAGAACAUGGACAGCUCUUCAAUGUUUUUACAGCCCGUAAAAACCCAUAAGAAAGAGGAAUGCAUUUACCAUUGGUGGGAGCAAAAUCAGAAUGUUGCAGCCAAUUGUCUACGCAAAUAUAACGCAUCGUGUGCCCUUCCGUUAGGAAUGAACUAUUUCAAAGACUAUAUGUCGUGUUUGUUUUUAGAUAUGGGUUCGCAAAUGUUUCAUGGCCAUAAGAAUUCAUCUUCGUCAUCAUCGUUUGCAUCGAGCGGAUCUUCUAGGAAUCUUCACGGAAUCAAAGCACCGCCAAACACACCAAAUUUAGAAGUUACCAAUGCGACAGAUGGAAAGACAAAGAAUGGUAAAAGCAACAGAAAAGAAGUCAAGUUGGAAAAUAGCAAAAAGAAAACCCAUUUGGUAGUAUAUGUACCGAAGGCUGAGGAAGACAUUUGCGAUAAAGACAGCAGAGAUUAAAUGAAAAAUUAACAAUACUUUUGAAAAUGAUGUCUACACGGGUUAAGAGCAGCCUAGAAGAAACUAGAAAAACUCAGACAAGAUAUUUUUAUAAAAAAUACUGUCUACGAAGUAAAAAGUCUUUUUGUGGUAUCUGUUCAAUUAAUGGAUUGUACAAUAUUGUUAUUGAACCGAUGUCUUAGUGCUGCGUUGGCCAGUUUCUCAUAAAAAGGAAUUUCGUUUAUAACUGGAUUUCAAUUCUCAGCAGACAAUCUAUCGCCUGCUUUGACACCAGAACCUGCUCCAUGAGAGAUUUUUGUAGUGUCUGCUCUAAUGCAAGCAUUCAGGUCACGUUUCUGGUGAUAUCUCCUUCCCCUGACCCCAAUCAAUCUUAGAAGUCAUGAAAAAGCAUGGUCACUACCCUUUAACUUCUAAGCCAAUAAUAAUAAUAAUAAUAAUAAUAAUAAUAAUAAUAAUAAUAAUAAUAAUAAUAAUAAUAAUGUGGGCAAUGAAGAAAGUGGACGUGAUACCAAUUGGUGCAUUUGAAAGUAUCAGUAAAGAACUACCAGCAUGGCUCAAAAAGUGAUUGGAACGAACUUAAAGAUAAGAACUCCUACGAAAAUCAUCAUUGCUUUGAACUGCAAGAGUUCUCCGCGGGGUUCUUGAAGCAUGACCAGUAAAAUAAGUGUCACCUUAGUCUGUGGACAGCUGACACUUUCCUCUUCUUCGUAGUUGUUACAACUGCUAGAAACAGCGACUAAAUUUUCCUCAAAAUCCUACCCUAGUGUCUUAAAAAGAAACAAGGAAGGCGCAAUCGGAUUGCACAGUUCUUGAUGUAUUAUGACUGACCGACUUAAUAGAAAGGAAGGAGAGUCAUAACUGGAGUGUCUUUGAUUUAAAAAGUGUCUGCCUGAUCAGGACUGAUCAGAGCCUAAACGACAAUAACAACACUCAUUCAUUAACGCACCCCCCCCCCACACACACACACAUUGUUAAUACCGUGACAGAACAAUACGGAAAACGAGUGGAGUCACAAGAUGGGCGCUGAAUGAAAGGAAGAUUGCAAACCGCACCGAGUGACAUCAUCAGAGGUUGAAAUACGACAAUGACUAGCCAUGAAACAUAUAGGUCGCGUCUCAAAAGACAAUUUAUUAUAUUUUAUAGAAAUAAUAUCCUUAUUGAUCUCGCCCCGAAUAAUGCCGAAGCAUACUAAUAAUUUCUACAUGGUAUUAUAAUACGAUAAUAAGACAAUAGUAAGAGAAUGGAUCAAUACAAUAACGACUUCUUUUAAAGAGAAGACAAAUUGCAUUUUUAUGGUAAAAUUUUCAAUGACAGAAUGGAGAGCCAUACCUAAAUGGUAUCUGCAAUUGCUGCCAGAAAGAGGGAGAUUUUGCUAAAAUGUAAAUCAGUCUUAUGAAAAACAUUGCUAUGUAUAUGUUGUAUCGAUGCCCUCAGACGAUGAAGUAGGCUAACCCAAUACGUAGAUAUUUAGGGAGAAGUCCAGAUGUCGGUGUAGUUGAGUAGAGGUCAUCCGAACGUGCGAUAUAACA